CGACCCACAUCAAAAUUUCCCAAAUAACCCAUUGAAUUGCCAAAACGAAGCAAUCUUUGAGACAGGGUAUUUUUGUGAUUCUGUGUCCCAGAAAAUUGGCCAGAAAGUAUGUCUCUUAGCUUAAAAGCCAAGAGAAAGAAUGAUGGUUACGUGACUCACAUGCAAAGCUAUACAGAUUCUUGUAACGUUUAUGCAAUUCCUUUCUUAGUUUCCACUGUUAACUUUUUUCAUGGCUUCUUCUCCUCUGUUCUUCUUCCCAGAAAAUCCAGGAAAGUAGAAUUGACAAACUGGGAAAAAGGAGGGAAAUUUGGAAAUGGCUUCACUAACCCCGGGAGUGUUACUAAAGCUUCUUCAGAGUAUGAACUCAAAUGUAAAGGUUCGUGGGGAAUACCGGUCUGUACUUCUACAAGUAAUCAGCAUUGUUCCUGCUUUAACUGGAUCAGAGCUAUGGCCUAACCAAGGUUUUUUUAUUAAAGUGUCCGAUUCCUCGCAUUCCACGUAUGUUUCUCUCUCGAAGGAAGACAAUGAUUUGAUCCUGAACAAUAAAUUGCAACUGGGUCAGUUUCUAUAUGUCGAUCGGGUGGAAGCCGGAACCCCAGUUCCGAUUCUCGUUGGGGUUAGGCCAGUUCCUGGGAGAAACCCUUUUGUGGGGAACCCGAAGGAUUUGAUGCAGAUGUUGGUGCCGUCUGAGGGGCCAGUGCUGGUUGAUCAUGAGGAGAAAAAUGGGUCAAAAAUGAAGGAGUUACCGGAGGUGAAGGAUGAGAGCCCGAAACAGAAAAUUGUCAUCAAAGAGGAGAAGGCAGUGGUUGCAUCAAGGUAUAUGCAGGGCGUUGUGCAAUCAAGUUCUAAAGCGAGUGCAGGGGAUUCUAAUGGCGGAGGGAAGAGCAGUGAGGCUCAGAAUGGCGGAGGAGGGACAGGGAAGAAGGUUGUUACGGUGAAAAGCAAGCAACAAGAGCAUAGAGUUCAGGGACGUCCGGCAACUCCUUUGUGGAGUAGAUCUGAUCAGGUACCAUUGUCAAAGCCAGAGGUGGUGGUGUCUAACACCAAGGAUGCUGUGGUGCCCCCAAGGAACUUGCCUGCAAAACGUGUUUUGAGUAAACUAGAGAACAUCAACUUGAAUCGUUCACCAACCAACAGAGACAAGAAUAAUUUGCCUGAAACUGUUUCCUGGGCCUCUCUGCCUGCCAACCUCUUGAAGACAGGGAAGGGAAUGCUUAGGAGGAGAAAUUUGGCUUCUUUGGUUGCGGCUGAAGCUCAAAAGGAGGCAUCUAUGGCUGCAAAUCUUGUCAAAUGCCUAAGUUUGUUUGCUGAUAUUCGCUCCACUGCCACAUCUGAGAACCCUCACCUCUCCCUCACCAAGUUCUUUACUCUCCAACAAUUAAUUGAUCAACCAAAUGCUGCAAAAACUUUGAAAGAUAAAUCAGUUCUGGCAUCUCCUCACCCAUCUGCACCGGACACAGAGAAAUCUAACAAAAAGAAAGGCCUAAUUCAGGAUAAAAGCACAUUAAAUUCUCCAAAGCUAAUGGAGUUAAGUGGAACUGAUAAGGUAGAAUGGGCCAAAGGAGAUGGUCCUAAAGAGAUAAAAGAGCUGCGGGAGAUCCUACUUGAUGAAACUAGAAAUUGGUUCCUGAAAUUUUUGGAGGCAGCAUUGGAUGCUGGAUUUCAGAUUGGUCCCCAGGAGAAGAAAGGAAAAGGUACAGCAGGGCGAACGAUGGAGCCUGACAAUCACAUAGCCGUCAAAUUAUCACAACUUAAACUUGCAAAUGAAUGGCUGGAUAAACUAAGAAGCACAAUGAGCUCAGAUAACAAUGGAUUAGUGCAAACUGCUGAACGCUUAAAGCAAAAAGUUUAUGCUUGUUUACUUUGUCAUGUGGACUCAGCUGCAUCAGCCCUUGAGAACAGAUCUGAUCGCAUCUGAUUCAGCAGAACUGUGGUUUUGGAAUAUUGAUUGUCAUCUGUCAAUGCAAUGUGAAUAACUUAUAUUAUUUAAGGUGAUUGUUAACCGGGAUGACUUGGGCCAAACGAGGUUAUUGAGAGUUUGGCCAACCUUAUUUAAGUUAUGCAUGAUGUCUCAUUUGUGUAUAAAGAAGAAUAAAUCUAUUGAAAGUUUCUUGAAUACAAUGAUCUUGUGAUGGUGAUGCAUAUGCCAUAUUAUAAUUUUAUCAAAGUUUGAGAGGAUUACCUGCGUCUGCUCAAGGGUCUGUACCCAAUACUUGCAGCUUUGUUCCUUCUGCCAUGAAAAGGGAGAGUGUCCAAGCUGGAGAGCCAAGGCACAUGCAAAAUUCCUCAGAUUCUUCUUCUGAUAUCUUUAGCAUGUGCCCUGCUUCUCCAGCAUGGAUUGCCUUCCUUCAUCUCCCUCUGCCAUCGCCGGAUUUCUGACAGCUGGGUGCUAAUCAAAACAGAGAAGCAUG